AUCUGUAAAAAAAACAAGAAGAUUUAAAAAUUAUUAUUGUGAAAAAAAACGUUAAGAUUCUAGUGUUUAUAAAACAAGAGAAAUUCGAAGAAAAUGUUUAUUUUAGUGGGAAAAAUAAUUGUUUUCUUUGUGCCAACUUAAAAAAAAAAAAGAAAAACAAUAGAAAACCCAUAAAUCCAAUUUGUCAACAAUACACAGCUGUUAAACAAAAGAAAAAAUUUAAAUAAAUGAAGUGGAAAAUAAACACAUUAUGUGUCAAUUCUUCUUUUGAGGAGCUAAUUUAAAUCGGCAACAUAAAGCGAAUGAUUAACAACAACAAAAUCAACAACAUGGCAAACAUAUGUAAACAUCUAUUAAAUUGUGUGCGAAUGAAAAAUUAAAGUGCAAACCAUAUUGUUUGUUGAUUUUCUUUUUCGAGAAGAAGAGAAAAAAAGUCGGGCAAAAAGUCUUUGGCGGAAAAAAAAUUGCCUGUGCGGGUGUGUGAGUGUUAAAUGUUUAUGGCCAGAGUUUUAUGGGCACCUCCCAAUAAAAUAGGAAUUUAUGUGGCUUCCUGCUCCCACAGCCGCAUUGUGUGUGAUCUUUAAUGCGUAGUGGAUAUUUGCGGCAUCUCUAAAACAAUUUAUUGGUGUUUCGGCUCUUGUACUUACUGAUAAUUUAUUCGUGUGCGACUCGAUUAUUUGGCUAGCAAUAAUGCACAGUAGUGAGAUUACAACAGAAACAAAGUAAACAGUUAUAAAGGCUUUCUACGGCGGACUUGUUGUGCGACGAAUGUCUAAACAAACAUUAAACCGGAAAAGUGCAGUGAGUGCAAAAUAAAAUCAAUAAAAAUCGAAUAAUCGAAGUGUGGCGACGCAUCAGCGUCGAGAGAGGGAAAUGUGCGCGACAAAACACUCUCUAGCCCCAUGCAGCCAGCCCACUUAAAUAUCGACAAUAACAAACAAUAACAACAAGGAUAUUAAGGAAUUAUUGAUGUUUUUACAUUCGCAGAAUAGAACGCCAUCACAGCACAGCCACCGAGGUCGUCACGCACAGCCAACUUUUCAGCAGAGACAAAUUUAAUAUUGAAAAUGAUCAUCAAUAUGAAUCACACUGUCUUAGGUCUGGGCAGUUUUUCCCUGCAAACAAAUUCCAUGGACAUGUUGAGUUCCAUGGGCAACGGUGACAGUAGCGAAAGUAGGGAUAUAUCCAUGGAUUACCUGGAGAUGACUGAUGAUGGCCAGAAUAACCUACAGCAAUUAAAUGCGUCAUUGAGCGGCAGCGGCGGCGGUGGCAACAACAACAACGACACACUAACAAUAGAUCCAGUAUUGCUGGAGCGAUUUACUCGUAAUCGUAGCAUAGACGGCCUGUGGUACCAUGUGCUCAUCAUGCUCUACUGUGUUCUAAUCAUUUUCGGAGCAAUGGGCAAUAUUCUAGUUGUAGUAGCUGUGAUACGAAAACCAAUGAUGCGAACAGCAAGAAAUUUAUUCAUAUUGAAUUUAGCUGUAUCAGAUUUAUUGCUGUGCUUGGUUACGAUGCCUUUAACUUUAAUGGAAAUUUUAUCAAAAUAUUGGCCAUUCGGUUCCUGUGCAAUUCUGUGCAAAAUGAUUGCCAUGCUCCAGGCGCUGAGUAUAUUUGUAUCGACAAUAUCAAUAACGGCGAUAGCCUUCGACAGAUACCAGGUUAUUGUCUAUCCAACACGUGACAGUUUACAGUUUGUGGGAGCAGUGUCCAUAUUGGCAGGCAUCUGGCUGCUUGCCUUGCUGCUGGCAUCUCCCAUGUUUAUUUAUAAACGUCUAAUUCAUGCUGACAUUCCACCCGUUCUGCAGGAACUCGGCAUACAUGGAGUCUCGUUUUGCAUAGAAGAUUGGCCGCUGAAUCAUGGCCGUUUCUACUACUCCAUGUUCUCGCUCUGUGUCCAAUACUUGGUGCCCAUACUGAUAGUGUCGGCUGCCUAUUUCGGCAUUUACAACAAAUUAAAAAGUCGCAUAACCGUGGUCGCAGUACAGGCGUCGUCCCAACGCAAGACUGAGCGAGGGCGACGCAUGAAACGCACCAAUUGCCUGCUCAUUAGCAUAGCUGUGAUCUUUGGGGUGUCGUGGCUGCCGCUAAACUUUUUCAAUUUAUACGCCGACAUGAAGCGGGGAGCGGUGACCAACAGCAUGCUGGUGGCAUAUGCCUUCUGUCACAUGAUUGGCAUGAGUUCGGCGUGCUCGAAUCCCCUGCUGUAUGGAUGGCUGAACGAUAAUUUCCGUAAAGAAUUUCAAGAAUUAUUAUGCCGUUAUAAAGAAAACACUAAUAUUGCUCUUAAUGGUCAUACAACAGGAGGCGGACAAUCGCGACGGAAACGAAAGAAUGCCGACAUAUCAAAGGGUGAUCUAAAGCUAUUGAGUAGUGUGGGCGUUGGUGGAACAGCCGGAACUGGGGCUGGUGGUGGGGAUGGACGCCUGACCGGUGGUUUGUUGGGCCUCGGUAAUUCCAAUAAUAAUAUUGGCAGCGGCAUGCGAAGUGCUGUAACCGAAUCAGUGGCUUUAACAGAGAAUCCCAUGUCAAUGGAGGUUACGACGACACUUGUGAUCCGGUAAAUUUACCCCCAAAAACUUAUGACACCACAUCAAAACCACACAAAGUAUCCUUCCACCAUAUGCCACAGACACAAAAACACACACCAAUACAUGCGCCCAUUGACACACACACACAUUUACACACUGUCUCUUUCAUAUACAUAAAGGCACAGAAACAUACAGAGGGACAGCCAGACAAACAAAGUCAUUGAAUCAAAUUCAAUGCAAAUUCCACAAAUGAAGAAAAACCAAAUACCAAAAAAAUUAUUUUAAAUAAUAUAAAAGAAAAAAAAACAAAA